GAAUUAUUCAAGGAUUUACAAAUAUAAGCUUCUAUCUUCCUUUAGUCCGUAUGAAUUCAGCUACAUGUUAUCUUGAUCAAGGGUUUGGUUACACAUUCGGAUUAUUUUUCUUUAUAAUAUCUUAUCUUUUCAUUUUUUUUUUGUAAGAAGACAUGUUGUACUAAUGUUUUCAUAUCACUGAAAUUCUCUAGAGUACUGAAAAUAAGGUCUCAAGAUUUAAUUGUUUAUAUGGCAUAAAAAAGGAACUUAAUUAGUAUAAUGUAACCUCCAUAUUUUUAUGGCAUUGUUCACAGUUUACUUUUAUACUGUGACACCGUUUUUUGUGGCGCAGAAUUUGACUAUUUUCAUGGUUUUGGUUUUUCUAAAUUUUACCAUUAAACUCAAUUAUAAAAGUUUGUAAAUUGAGGAGAAAAGAAUUAACAGUAUAAAUACAGAAAUUAAGACAGGACAAUGGAUAUAGAUACAGCAAGCAAGAGAAUGUCGGACAUACACCUGUCCAAGAAUUUAGAUGAUAAUAAAGAGAAUGAUGAACCUACUGAGUUUGACCAACAACGGUUUAAUGAAUUAGUGAUGAAAGGAAAGAAGCUGAUAGGAGAAGGCAGAAUUGAGGAAGCAUUAAAACUGAACAAGAAAGCUUUGAGAAUCUGUUACACUGAGAAACUGGCUAAGAAGAUCAGAAAAAUGGAGGAUUAUCUGAAAGCACAUGCUGAUGACUCCGAUGGUGAUGAUGUCGAUGGUAUGAUUCACUUGGGUAAAGGUUUUUACCUUUAUAAAGAGUUGUAUAACAGUCUGUAUGCACACCAGCAGGAAGGUGUUCUCUGGUUGUGGACCUUGUUUCGGAAGAAAAAAGGUGGGAUACUAGCAGAUGACAUGGGGUUAGGUAAGACUAUACAGGUGAUUGGUUUCCUGUCAGGGAUGUUUGAUAUGCAGAAGGUUAGAUCAGUUCUCAUAGUCUUACCUGUGGCAGUCAUGGUCAAUUGGGAAAAGGAGUUCCAGAAAUGGGCACCUGGUAUGAAGGUUGUUGCGUACCAUGGUAACAGUAAGAGGGAGAAGGAAAGGGCUUUAGCACGUGUUCAGAGACGUGGUGGGGUAUGCCUUACAACCUAUGGUCUGGUAGUAACAAGCUGGGAACAGCUGGGACAGCAGGAUGGGCGAGAAUUUGUGUGGGAUUACAUGAUUCUUGAUGAAGGACAUAAGAUCAAGAACCCGACAAAGACAACUAAAGGUGUACAUGCUAUACCUGCACAUAACAGGAUCAUUCUGACUGGAACACCUGUCCAGAAUAAUCUCAAGGAGCUCUGGUCCCUCUUUGACUUCGUUCAUCAAGGUUCUCUGCUGGGUAUACAGAAAACCUUCAAGAUGGAAUUUGAAAAUCCUAUAACGAGAGCAAGGGAGAAAGAUGCUACAAUAGGUGAGAAGAAGCUGGGUAUGGAAAUGGCUGAGAGCCUCAAGAAGAUUAUAGAACCAUAUUUCCUGAGGAGAACAAAGGCCGAGGUGAAGGAGAGAGAGAAAAUGGAGAAGGAGAAAGAUCAGACAGAUUCUGGAGUCAAACAUGCCGUUAUGCCGACAAUGACCAGGAAGAAUGAUCUGAUUGUAUGGACAUUUCUGCGUGAGACACAACUUAAGAUCUACCAGGACUUCCUGUCUCUAGAUUCUGUGAAAGAGCUGUUGAUGACUACCAAGUCUCCACUUGUAGCCCUGAAUGUACUGAAGAAGAUCUGUGAUCAUCCACGAUUAUUGUCCACAAGAGCUUGUGCUCAGCUUGGGAUACAGGGUGACGAAGGUUUGGAUGAUGAAAUCUUGGAAACUGAGGAAGGAAAUCUUUCAGCUGUCACUCGUAUCCAACAUGUAGCAGACAACAUCCUCAUCAACGAGUCGGGAAAACUUCUGUUUCUAGUGGAACUUCUUGACAGAUUGAAGGUGGAGUCACACAGAUGCCUUGUGUUCUCACAGUCCAGGAAAAUGUUAGAUAUAAUGCAAAAAGUCAUUACUAACAGGGGUCACAAGGUGAUGCGGCUUGAUGGAACUAUAGCACAAGUAUACGAGAGGGAACAGAGAAUACAGAAGUUUCAGACUGAUCCCUCGUACAGUGUAUUCCUCCUCACAACACAGGUAGGAGGUGUGGGUCUGACACUGACAGCAGCUGAUAGAGUGGUUAUUUUUGAUCCGAGCUGGAACCCGGCCACAGAUGCUCAGGCUGUAGACAGAGUAUUUCGUAUAGGACAGGACAAGAAUGUGGUUAUAUAUCGCCUCAUUACUUGUGGUACUGUAGAGGAAAAAAUCUAUAGACGACAAAUCUUCAAGGACUCCAUUACACGACAGACCACUGGCAAUGCAAAAAAUCCUUACAGGUACUUCAGUAGAUACGAACUGCGUGAGUUGUUUAUAUUAGAUGAUCCACAUUCGUCAACGACUCAGCAACUGCUGGAACAGAUGUAUAGUGGGAAAAGAUUGACAGAUCCGUCUCUUGACGAACAUAUCGCAUAUCUAUACUCAUUAGAUAUGUUUGGCUUGAGUGACCAUGACCUGAUGUUCUCCCAUGGCGAUGAAGCUGGAGAUGAGCAGGAUGAUGAAAAUGGAGAAGACCCUGAAAAUGACUAUAUCCUGCAUAGGGUACAGAAAGCGCGCGAAAUUAUUGAAAUGGAAUCGAGCCAGCCAAGUACACUUGAAGAGAGGCUUGGCAAGUCAACUCAGCCAUCUGGUAGUGGUGAGGGGGGUAGCGGUGGCAGUUGGAUCAGGAACCAGUUCACAAACUGGGACUUCCCAAAACCUGGUGCCUCACAGGAGGAGGAAAGUCUAGAAGAGGAAGAACAUGAGGAGGAUAGCAAUAAAUCUUUAGAACAUAGUGAGACAGCACACAUCACUGAGUCACCAAAGAGAAAUAUACGAGUUGACCUGCGUGCAGAAACUGAGACUAUAGAUCUUACCUCACCUGUUGUUAUACAGGAUGUUAAACAUGAUAAAAUGGUUUGGUUUGAAAGUUUACCAGAGACUGAGCAGAUCAGAUACAAUGAAUUGGUCGAAGCUGGCAGGGAACGCUUACAGGGAGAGUACAGGAGUAGCUUACUGUUUAAAUGUAUUCCGGGAAAGCUUUACGUAGUGACCAUGAGGGAAUGUUUACAGGAAGGGACCAUGCAGUCCUUACUGUUUAACUGUAUUCCGGGAAUGCUUUCAGGAGUGUACCUAGAAUACUUUCUGUUAAUGUAUUCCGGGAUCUUUACAGGGAAAGCUUUACAAUAUGACCGGAGUCCUUUCUGUUUUCUGUAUUUCCCGGGAGCCUUACAGGUAUUUUUAUGGGGGAAUGCUUUACAGGUAGAGUACUUACUGUUCAACUGUACUCCAGGGAGUGCCUUACAGGAUGCUUUACGGGAUGUACCGGAGACCUUAUGUUUUAAAGUAUUCCAGGGGAAACUUUUACAGGGAUCGACCAUGGGGGUACCUUACUGUUCAACUGUAUUCCAGGGGAAGUUAAAAGGGAUGUACCAUUGGGUACUUAUGUUUAACUGUAUUCCAGGGAAAGCUUUCAGUAGUGACCAUGGGUAG